CAGUUUAAACCACCACAGUGUUCGUUAUUUAAAGUAUCAAAAUCUGUUCAAUACACUUCACACUGCGCGCUUUCAAAAAACUUUUAAUGGCGGAUUAGGGCGUUAUAAAGAUUCCGCACAAAGGCACAGCUAUGGAGCAGUUGAACCAGCGGGGAGUUGUGAUCUAACCGUCCACACGUUUGGUUUAAUAAAAGCAUUUCAUGGACAUAUAUAAACUUGCUAUGCUAUGCAUAUAAAUCUAUACAUGCGGUAUUAUUUACGUUUUCACAGUUACAGUUGUUGAUUAGUGAAGUUGAUUAGUGCCUAUCGGUUGACUAAACACGUACUUCACGCUCGAAGUGUUACGACCAGUCUGUAUACAAAAAAUAUUGAUUUAUGUUACAGGUUGUUAUCUGUUUAGUUGUUACAUGAAACCUUAAUGGAUUUAAGUAUAGACACAGCAUAAACGUUUGCUACUAAAACUAUGACAUUCUGAUAGGAGAAUUAAGAAUAAAAACACCCGUACAACAAUGUCUAAAGAUAAUAUAAAGGGAUUUAUAUUAAAUAACAAUUUAUGUUUAAUUCAGUUAUGGAUAACAUUUAUAGUAACGUGUAGUAUUCAGUUCGCCUCAUGCGAACUUAUCAUUGUUCAGACGGCGUUAGGCAAUAUUUCCGGUUCUAUUGAGGAAGUGACAUCAUACGAUGAUACCGGAAAUCCGUCAGUCAUGUUCUUCUCGCAGUACUUGAGCAUUCCCUACGCCGAACCUCCCAUCCGUUUCCGGCGACCUGAGCCUAAAACUCCGUGGGCGGGGGAGUACAACGGGACGUACUACCGUCCGGCAUGCUACCACCACGGCGACCCGGCUAGGGUGGGCACAUUUGACGUGAAGACUGUGAUGAUGUCCGAGGAUUGCCUAACGCUCGAUAUAUACGCGCCAAACAGCACUAUCGUUAACCAGUCGUCACUUCCGGUGCUCGUUUUCUUAUACAGUUCCCCAGGAUAUUCCAGCGCCUUCGCUGCCGAUGUUCUGUGCACGGUAGGGGACGUCGUGGUUGUGGUGAUCAACUUCCGUCAAGGUAUGCUGGGUUUCUUUAGUCUCGGUAGCGAAGCAGCGCCCGGGAACUACGGGUUGUUUGAUCAGCAGAUGGCGCUACAGUGGAUUGCAAAGUACAUACAUAGUUUUGGCGGGGACCCCAAAAAGGUGACGCUAGUCGGUCAUUCUUUUGGAGCCUCGAACGCGAUCUAUCACACGCUGUAUCCGGGAAACAGGGGCCUCAUCCACCGUGUGGUCUCACUGAGCGGCACGGCACUGCCACCUUCGGGUGGUAAAUCUUAUGUGCGGAACUCUAUUGAACCGGAUGUGCUUGAGGAGAUAGGCUGUCAGCGGGCGUCAGAUGCAGAAAUAAUGAGCUGCCUUCGAGGAAAGAGUCUAACCGACAUAUUUAACGCCUUAGACGAAAAGUCGUUCACGUUUAGACCCUCAGUUGACGGCACGUUCCUGCGCUCUGAUCCGGAAGUCAUGAUGUCCGACCAGGCGAAGGUUGACAACUCAACAGAGGAGCUUGGAUUCCUGAACGUAGAUCUGUUACUUGGCCUGAACAACAUGGAGGGCGGGACUCAUGUUGCGCUGCUGUGGGCGGAGCGUUUGAACAUUACGGACAAUAAGUUCAAUGUUAGCAGGGCGUACAUACGGGAGAUCUUAGUUCCCAUGGUUAUAAACUUGACUUACGGUAGUAACAUAUCGCAAUCUAUUACGCAGACCGUUAACUUUCAAUACAACGACUUUACGGGCGCCGACGAUCCCCAGCGUCUACGGCAGCGCGUAGUGGAUCUCUUUACGGAUGUGGACGUCGCGGCGCCGCUGGUUCGAACCGCAAACCUUCACGCAUUGCUUGGGCAAGGCAGCACCUACCUUUACCAGUUUUCGGAGCCUUUGAAUCUUACGCAGGCGCCUGUUUGGUUGUCGGGGGCCAACCGCGCCGACGACGUCCACUUCCUGUUUGGAUUUAGUGAGCGAGGUAUGCAGUUUGUAAACCACUUGACGGGAUUCACGCCGACCGUGGAACAGAGGGCUCUGUCAACAAGGCUCAUCAAAAUGAUCGCACAUUUUGCGAGAACUGGUAACAGUCUCAAUGACAUUCGCAGAACUAGCCGCGCCAUGAACUUAACCACAGUGAAGAUAAAUGACUACUUUGAAGUACUCCGUGGUUUACGACUGUGUAUACCGGAAAUCAUGCAACGCAAAGUUGUAAAUUUACCUCACGAAGGUCACCAGGGUCGACUGUCCUUUCGAAAGUACUGCGGGUCCUGCGAAACUGCCCUAGGAGCUGGCCGGAAGUCAACGCGCCUCUUUUGGGUUGUCGUGCUCCCGAAUCAAGCACCGCUCCGACAGCGUGGGCCUGUCCUCAACGAACGUGGUACCAACCUCGCCGCCCUCCGGAAACCUGGUCCAGCCGCCAACCUGGUCCUUCCGUCGCACGUCUGCCCCACGUUGGGCGCCAUUUGUAGUGGGUGUGGUGGUGGGCCUAUCUAG